AUGUCGAAACCACUGGCUAUUGUGAAGUCUCUUGACCAUCUGGUUCUCACUUGUGCCAACAUACCAAAGACAAUCCAAUGGUAUGGCAGAUUCCUCGCGAUGAAGCAUGAGACUUUCGCACCGCCGUCCGAUCCGUCGAACCAGCGCCAUGCCCUCAAGUUCGGCACUCAAAAGAUCAACCUGCACCAACAAGGAAAGGAAUUUGAGCCCAAGGCCAUGACAGCUCUGCCAGGGACGGCAGACCUCUGCUUUCUGAUUGAGGAGGACUCGAAUCUUGAGGAACUGGUAAAGGGGUUUCAAAAAGAGGGAGUGGAGGUACUCGAGGGCGAGCAGGUGGUCGACCGAACUGGAGCCAACGGGGCGAUUCGAAGUGUCUAUGUCAGGGACCCAGAUGGUAAUUUGAUCGAACUCUCAAAGUUCCUUCUGGACUUCUGGGCCAAAAAGGCUGGACUGAAAUACUUUGGCUCCGCGACCGACUCGCCUGGACAGCGCGAGCGCGCUGGGUACGAAGCAGCCUACCCUCAAUACGAUGCAAUAUUCGCAGACAACGGCGAAUUUGGCCAGACGACCCCGACCAACGGCCAAAAGUGGCUAUUCACGGAGCCUGAGCGAGGCGUCUUCAACUUUACCGAGGGUGAAAUUGUUUCGUCCCUUGCCAAGUCGCACGGCAAGAUCUUGCGGUGUCAUGCUCUCGUGUGGCACUCACAGCUCGCCCCCUGGGUGGAGGCACAGAACUGGACAGCGGCUGAGGCAGCUGAGGUCAUCACGACACACAUCACCAACGUGGCGGGCCAUUGGAAGGGACAAUGCUACGCGUGGGACGUGGUCAACGAAGCUCUGCUCGACGACGGAACCUGGAGGCCGUCCCCAUUUUACAACGCCCUCGGACCGGAUUAUAUCAAGCUUGCCUUCCAGGUGGCCUCGGAAACGGACCCGGAUGCUAAGCUGUACUACAACGAUUACAACCUCGAGCGGCCUGGUCCGAAGGCCACAGCAGCGGCUGGGAUCGCGCGAAUGCUGAAGGAUGCGGGAAUCAGGAUUGACGGAAUCGGCAUGCAGGCUCAUCUCACCGCGGGCCGCUCGCCGUCUCUUGAGGAACAAGUGGCAGUGAUGGAGCAGUAUGCUGAGACAGGGGUUGAGGUGGCCCUGACGGAGCUGGAUGUGCGCAUUAAUCUACCAGCCAACGAGACCAACUUGCAGCAGCAGAAGCAAGGCUAUCAUGAUGCCGUGGCUGCCUGUGUCCAGGUCGACGCUUGUGUGGGUGUCACAAUCUGGGAUUUUUAUGACCCGUUCAGCUGGGUUCCGGUGACCUUCCCCGGACAGGGUGAGCCUCUACUCUGGUUUGAGGAUUUCACAAAGCAUCCCGCCUACUACGGGGUGCUGGAAGCUUUUGCGCAGGAGACAAAUUCGACCUGUGGGCGGCAAAGGCGCAGGGCAGUCCGAUAUUUUUAA